AUCCGAGCAUAUCGGGAUGUUUUGAAAUUGACCAAAAAUUAACACUUAAGUGAAAAAUGGAGGAAGUAGGGAAUUCUAAUUUUUCCAUUUUUAUAUUAGAAAAUGUGUGUAAUUAUGCAUCUCACUAUGGGCACUAUUAUAUAUGGCAUUGAAAAAAAAGUCCCCUUGAUGGGAAUCCUAAACUGUCGGUUUGUGGCCAGAAGAUAAAUGUUUAAGAAGGGAAAAAAAAAAAAAAAAGGUAGUUCCACAUUCAACCAAAAAUGCCCAUUUGUGAAUCCUAUCACUGUUCAAUUAAUCUAGGUAGUGACACUUGCUUUGAUUAUUUAAGAGGUUGGAUUAGUUGUGCCUGGCUUCAUGCUUAGAUGGUGAUAGGAUUUGUCACUAGUACUAUGUUUAGGAAUUUUUGUUUGGUACUAGAUUAUUUUUCUAUUCCAUGUUGACAUUAUUAUCAUGUUUAAAACAAAAACUCUUUCUUUUUUCGUUGUUGUUUUGCUUUUGAAGAUAUUGCAAUGUAUCGAUAUCUGCAACUGGCGUAAAUGGCAUAAAUGAAGGAAUGCAGCUAUACAUUUUAUCUCAGCAAAGCAGAUUAGAUUCUUCUUCUCUGAUUGGUGGUUAUUUGAGGACUGGGGACAUAGUAAAUGCAAGGUGCCUAUUUGAUCAGAUGGUUGAGAGAGAUGUGGUAGCAUGGACGGCCAUGAUCUCAGGCUAUGCUAAGAAUGGGGAAUUUGCUGAGGCAAUUAAGCUUUUUCACAUGAUGCUGGUUGAUGUUGUGAAGCCAGAUGAGGAGAGAUUUUGAUGACACACAUCUAAAUGGGAGAUGGAUGUGCAGAUGGUGGCAUGGGAGUCCAUUUCCGUUUUGUGGUUUCUCUUCUCACUUCCUAUUUGGAUUUUGUUUUCAAAUUAUAGGAUGAGGGUUUUAGUGUGCUGCCAUUCUUUUGACAUGGUGCCAUGUUGUCACAGGAAGUUCAUUCUCAUGGGCACCAAGUUGUCACAGGAAGUUCAUCCUCAUGGGCCUAAGUCAUGGACUUAACUAAAUUUAUGGUAAUAUUGUACAUUAUAGAGAUUUUGCACAAAUAAAUCAAAUUCCAUUUU